AUGGAUUCUUCUGACAGUCAGUCAACAAAGUCAAAAUGUAAAAGCAAAGUAUCCGACGAAAAGAAAACAUGCAAAAAUGUACACAAUUGUUGCAGUCAUGAGCAUAAACAUGACGAUUGUUCAAAAGCUUCCUGUAAACCUGAACUUUUGCGAAAUCUUUCAACUGUAAUUCAAAACUGGAAAUUGGGUGAUAGAACUCCAUUGUACAGACCAACGUCAGACGUUGAAAGUGUUCUUAAAAAUAUUGAGAAGCGUAUUAUUUAUGGAAGUGUUGAAAAAAUUCCACCCGCUUGUCAAGCUGCUGGUGGGGGAUUAGCCUAUCCAAAGGAGACAAAAUUUAUCUUUCAUUAUCAGAUACGUAAAUUGGAUGAUGAUCAUACUGUAAUUGAUGAUACACGUAAAUACGGGAAAACAAUGGAAAUGUAUUCAGGAAAAGAAUUUCAACUAGAGUUUUGGGAGCAUUGUUUAGGGACCAUGUUGCCAGGUGAAGUUUCUUCAUUCAUUGUACCUGCUGAAAGACUGAGUUCAUUCCCGGCUGUCAACAAAAAGCUACGUGAUUAUAUGCUGAAUAAAAAAGAUCAUGCUGUCAAACAUUGCUGUGGAUUAAUGAGUCUACAAGAACAAGGUGGAUUAGGCUAUUCAGAUCUUGAUGAAUUAAUGAUAAAACCUGAGCCGCUUGAGUUUAUCUUCGACCUAGUUAAAGUUGAAAUCCCCGGAACUAGUCGUAAAGAAACAUGGAUAAUGACACCUGAAGAAAAAGCUUCAAUUGUGCCAGUUUUACGCGAAGAAGGCAAUCAAUUAUAUAGUCGUGGUGAAUAUAAUGAAGCAGCUGCACGAUACAGUGAAGCAUUAGGUAUUUUAGAACAAUUGAUUCUGCGUGAAAAACCAGGGGAACCGGAGUGGAUUGAAUUGGAUAAAUCUCGUAUACCAUUAUUUGUUAAUCUUGCACAAUGUCAGUUUAAGAUGAAGGAUUAUUAUGCUACUAUUCGUAAUACCAGUGAAGCCUUAUCUCGAGAUCCUACAAAUAUGAAGGCACUUUACCGUCGUUUCAAAGCGUAUACAGAGACAUGGGACUUAGAUUUAGCUGCUGCUGACCUACGUAAACUGGCCAGUUGUCAUCCAGAUAUGUCAAAUACAGUGAAUAAUGAAUUAAAGAUGCUAGAAAUGAAACGUGUUGACCAGGAGAUGAAAGAAAGGCGAAAAUUUGCUGGUAAACUGUCAACUGGUUUAAAGUCAGAUACUACUUAA